AUCCAUCGAUACACUUCGUCAUCCUCUUCCGUCCUUCCUCCCCAUCCGUCAUUCUACAUCUAUCCGAUAAUGUCUGCCGACAAGGAAACCACCGCUGCCGUCGCCGAGGCCACGUCCGUCGAGACUCCUGCCCCCGCUGCCGCCGCCAAGGAGGCUGAGGUCGGUGAGAAACGAAAGGCCGAGGAAGCUCCAGAGGGCGACGCCGAGAAGAAGACCAAGACCGAUGAGGCUGCCGACAAGAAGGGCAAGGGGAGGAGCACUGAAGAGGCCGAGCCUGAGGCUGAGGGUGGGGCUGAAGCGGAGCUCGAGGAGGACGACCUGGACAACCUUAUCGUCACCGGCAAGAGGAACAGGAAGAAGGUUGACUACUCCAAGGCCGAGGCAUGGAAGGCUGCUGACCUCGAUCCUGAUGCGCCCGAGGAUGAGGACGAGGAGGACGAGGAUAUCGACGCUCCCGAGUCUCCUGAGGACGAUGAAGAGUUCAAUGACGAGGAUGUUGCCGCUGCCGCCCCUGAAGAGGAGGAUGAGGACGAGGACGAUGACGAGGAGAAGUAGACCAUGAGUCGUUAUACGGUAAAAGUGAAAGCUCCCAUGACCUUGAUGGUCUCGACAAUAUAAAGAAAUGCAAAGAUUAUAUGAAGAUUGCUUAUGCAUAUAUGCACAACGGUCUAUCU